AUGACUCUCACAUUACUCGAUGACGCUCAGACGAUCGCAAGCCAUGAAUCCUUCGCCAUCACUACGUCUUUGAGGUGGCAGCCUGAUCGAUCGCUGCUCGACUCCCACCCACAUGCUCUUCCGCUUCGAUACCACCAAGCACGAUUGCUUGCAUCGGCCAGAACCUUCAAGCUGGACCCUCUGAGGAGUGUUCUGUCUGGCGAAGCUGGAAUCGAGCAUCUGCAGCUGCACGUAACAAAACACACAAGCCAGCUGCAAGCUACUCCCCACAAGCUUACACUAAAUUGUCGUGCAGACGGCACCAUUGACAUCGUAUCCAGUCCAGCAUUGCCGCCUCUCUAUUCCUUUUUGCUCUCCGCUGGGCCACCACCACCACCGUCCGCUGUCGAGGCCAUGAUCUAUGUGGCCCCUCACACCACAUGUGCAUCGCCCUUCACAAUUCACAAGACGAUACAUCGCCCUAUGUACAACGCUGUUCGCAUGGUCACUGGCAUCGCGGCGGCUCCUCCAACGUCAGAGGAAGUGCUGCUAUACAAUGAGAAGGACCAAGUCACUGAAGCGUCUCUAUCAACUGUAUACUUCUGGCGGAACGCACAAUGGGUCACACCAGCAAGCUCCUGCGGAGGCAAUCACGGCGCGAGCCGUAUGCUGGCGCUUGAGCAGGCGUGGUGCGUUGAGGACGUAAUCAUGCGCAAAGAUGUACGAGUCGACGAAGUUGUUGCAAUGAGCAAUGGUGUCCGUGGAUUUUGGUUUGCUGUGGUCAAGCAAUUACUACAGGACAGCACUUAA